CUGUGUGUGGAGUUACAAAAAUGUUCGCAUUCGUUUAACAGAAUGUGUAUAUAUUGGCCUUCUAAACCUAGCCUUGGUUGACCUUUAUCGCGGUAUCGAUCCAGUGGUUGGUUCAACAUUUAGCUCAACUUCCAGCUAAACAAGUACAUUAUAGUAGUUUUUCAUUACGCAGUUGACAAAACAAGCAGGUAUUUUCAAAUAUUCUAGGAUCUAGAUUGAGAAAUACCGAACUAUCUUUAAAAGAGGUGUAUUAUGAGAUUGAUGGUCAUAUUGUGAAGGAGUUGCAAUCACAAGAAGCGGAAUACGAGUUCACGUCUAUAUUUCUUUCUUGUACAAGGGUUCGCUUGAAACUUUCAAGAUGUGUCAAAUGUCCCCGAAAGCGUUGAAGCAGUGCCUCGUUGUGUUUGCAAUAAUAACGUUCUGCAUGUCAAUUGCCAAAAUUGUAGUGGGAGCCAUUUACAUGGAUGACUGCCCAUACGAUAAACUCAUAUCAGUUUGGCCAAUCAUAAGCGGGCUUAUUCCACUGCUUUACGCCCCUAUGUUACUGCGCCUGCGCAGAGAGACCUGGCCCGACACAUGGGAAGAAUGUAGAGAAAAAGACCCAAACGAGGGGAUGGGAACCGCUGACAAGGUCGCGGACUUCUUGGCAAUAAUUGGAUUGUUGGUGCUUAUUGCCUGGCAGAUCGUUGGCGCUGUCCUGGUGUAUCCCAAUCGCAGCAAGUUCAACAACGCGACGAUCUGCAGCGACACUGUCACAACAAAUUGUAUCGAGAAUUGCAGCACCGUUCUGUUGAACUUCGGCUUCGGAAUUCUCACGUACGAGUGGUCCACCUUUUGGAUGUGGUGCAAUGUUACCGGCAGAAUUCUGUACAGAAUGUAUAAAACAAAUUGCGGCAAACAAACGACCGGCCCGAUGGCAAGUAAAGGCGGUUCUUAUUCUUGAACAAUAUAUUGAUUCAUUUACAUACAUGGUCUCGAACACUGGCAAAUGGGAUCAUUUUUAUUUUGUUAAAAUUAACAAUUAUACAAAAUUAAUCGAAAUUCAAAAUCUCCUCCAUGGAGAUUGGUAUAAAGACCUGUAUUUACACACACUUAUAUUAUAAAGAACAAUGUUGCCUUUUAGUGUUAACUAUAUUUUUCUAAUAGAACCUUAUUGUAUUAUGUGAGAGAUGUGGAAUGUGACAUUGAGGCACUACCUUAAAGAUUCAUAAGAAUAUUUUUUUUACUGGUAUGCUAUUAAGAAAUGUUAAGGAUUGUCAUGAACAAAAAUCAAGAACAAAUCAAUUAAAACACCUCGAAUUGCAAUGAUCUGAUAAAUUAAAUACAUUGACGAAAACAACUAAACCAUAUCAAAAAUCGAUUUCUUAUACAUGUAUACGUAUUUGCCAAAUAAAACCUUUUGUUUACACAGAUCGUGUGAGGAGAUAUUAUGGAAUGUCUGAAUAACGCACAUACAGCACUUGUUUAUGUGGUCUGAAGACCUGUUGAACAAUUCUGUAUGUACAUGUAGUUUAAGAAAGCCCUGAUGUUGCUUCCAUCUGCGAGUCUGAUAUGAACAUUUCAAUAGAAAUUUGUUCACAUUUGUGAUAAAAUAUUUCAUCAAAUAAUUAUGUGAAAACUAUUCCCACACUCGUGAAAUAAAGAACAAUUUUAAAAGCACUGUCAUCUUUGUUAAUUCAGUUUUCAAAAUCUAAUAUUAUGAAAUUUGUGUACACACUAAGUGGUAGAUUACGUGUUUUUUGUUGUUAUCUUGAAAACGAGAAAACCGCUCAGGAAUUGUACAGUCUAUGUUGUUUUCUAUAUAAUCUAGUUAUAGCUAAACGAUUUAAAAUGCAUAUGUUCAUUUUUCUUGUGUUUUAAUAUUUGCGUUAAUGUUGUAAUGUUUCUACCUCUCUUAUUAUACUUACCCUAUAACCAUGGUACUUGUACUCAAUCCUUUUGUCUAAACAAUUUUAUUAUUCAUAUUUUAACUCCGUUGUUUUUAUUGUACAUGAACACGUGUCAUGGUAACGACCUAUUUUUGUAUUAAAUUGCCCAUAAAUUUAUUCCAAAUGUAGAAUUAUGUUUUGUAUUUCAUUCAUACUGUACCCUUUUCGGAACAUGUCUUAUCAUAUAGAACAAGAUAUGUCCACUAUUAAAGUGGUAUGUCGGCACUCUUUUAAGCCAAAUAUUAAUACAUAAGCCGGACAAGUUUUGUUAAUAUAAAAAUAUACGAUAUCGCAUUGAGGUGGUCAAAUUUAUUUAACGAGUUCUUUCCAACAAAACUUAACAGAAAUAUGCAAAACAAAAUACAAUUAUAUUGAGUUAUUGAGUUUAAAUAGUGGUAUAAAAAUAUUGUUUCACAGUUUAUAACAAUAUUUUAACAUGCUAUCUUAGUGUUUAUUUGCUUUUAUAAUGAAAUAAACGAAUUCGUGC